AGUCCGUCACUUAGCCGUGCCCCAACGCCUGUUCUUGCGGGGACAUAUUCCUUAUUCUUCAAUACCUUCGCCGCUCUAGGGUACCGUCGAACUCAUGUUGAUGCUCACAUACCAGCCUCCGUAUUGAUAACGCUGCGCGCUCCUGAAGCUUAUAAGUUGUUAUAAAUCAAAUGUCUUUCACUCGAUAGUCUUGAGCCUCGUCGCUCUCAGGCACUGUGUUAGCCUUCGCCAACAUGGGUAAUCAACCUAGCACCGCGAACCACAACAGGCUGUCCAAGCCGAAAACAAACACAAACUCUCCCGUUGGAGCCACCAAGGCCGACUCGCCCGAACCCGUAUCGAUAUACGCCGACCUCAGCACAGAGGGACGCCAGCAGAUCAAAGACACGUUGCUUUCGCCUACCACCACCGAGUUCGGGUCCCCUGUCUGGGCGCAUAACGACGAGACCGCAGGAGAGUCUACCCAUACCCGGGGGCGACCACUGUCGCUCGUCUCAAGGUCCAAUUCAAAGGCAAACUCGAGGACACACUCGCGCUCAAACUCGCUGUCUUGCUUCGGAAGUAGACAUGGCUCGUCGGUCAAGCUUGGUAGUCUGGCUGACUCCAAGACAUCGCUAGCCUCUAUUUCACAUGUGAACAUUGCUGAAGCUAUUCGGCUCCUGCAAGAAGUCAAGAAGAACGGCACCCCGGACGACCUCGCCGCUCUCCAAGGCAUUCUGGAAGCACCAGAUGAGCCUGACAUUUCGACAGCAGAUCCGGUUCACGACAGACAUUCUCCUCAGAUUGGAACAUCGACUUCGUCUCUUACGCGCCGCCAAUCUCUGGUCCAGACACCCGGAGUCGGUACCCGGAAUUCUCCAGUUGAAGGACGUCGACGAACGUGGAAUUCAUGGAAGGCCCCGAAACUUGAAGCUGACGAGGAAGCGAAAUGGCGGUCGAGCCACAGGGCUAAUUCCCAAUUGCAGUCCCAGACAGUUGCGCGUCUGACCAAGGAAGCUCGCGAUGAACCAAUGCCCAGGGCAGAGACACCGACGGAUAUAGAUUAUUCGCAUUUGGGAAGCUUGGAGCUUGGGUCUCUUGUAGUUACGAAUGGAGCGCCAUCUCCCUCAUUCAGUGCAAAGGACUCAAGACCCCGUCAGACUGACCCAGACGAGUACUUCGCGUCAUCAGAGGAAAAUUCUAGUCCCCUUAUGAUGAAGUCUACACGGCGCCGUGGUCAUGCGAAGAGCAUGUCGGCCGCACUCCCACAGACCUCUCGACUCUACCAAAUGGACACCCCUGACGUACCAUUACCAUACGAUAUUCGAAGCGUAACAAAUACAGCCAUCAUCAAGCCUUCCUCGUCGCCAAAGCUAGUCGAUUUAGCUGCUUUAAAUGAAUCGUCUCCAAGAUCAUUGCGAGUGACGAAUAUGAGUAUUCCAAGCGCCUCGCAAUUGGCUCACAGCUACCAGGCGGAUAUUGCAACCAGCCCUUUUGAGCCAUUGGCGGAGAAGUUUCCAACCAAUGGAGACAAAGAGUGUGCCUCAUAUGACGCUUCCUUCCAAACAGCUCCUAUAUUUCAGGAUGCCUUCUUCACGGAACCCGAGCCACUACCCGAGCUCAAGGUUUCAAUGCCUUCCUCAAGACUGAGUCUACCAACUCCACAGAAGUCGAAGAAAACAUCUGAUCAACGACCAUCGCCGCGAACGAUGGAUUCUGGUUACUCGUCCGGUGGCAGUCUGCGCAUGAGCGAGCAAGACCAGCUAUAUUGUCGGUGCAGUGGCACGUCUCAACCCGAUGUGACUCCGCAGAAGGGAAUGCCCAAGUCGAUCCUGAGAAACAAAAGUACAAACUCUUCUCACUCCCCUGCCCCGUCGUCUGCAGAAGAAGAAGACUCGAAAGUGAACCGCAGUCCAUCAUACCUACAAAUUCCGGUACAUUCGUCAAGCUCUUCUGCGAGGUCGUCAGCUUCCGAUUCUCUGCUUUCGCCCCAAACACCGAGGUCAAUCACUUCAGGCUCGUCGUUCGAAAGUACUUCAAGACCACAGAAGAAGCGUAUACACCGGAGCCGACCGUCACAGGCGCAGACUUUAGUUGUCCAAUCGUGUCAGCCGAUUCCAGAAGGAACUAUUCCAGAGGUUCCAAAUAAGGUCCGAGCCAAUUUCGAAAGACGCGUAUCGCAAUUUCCCGAGGUCGAAUGCCUAACACGUACAUACCCAACCAAGGAUCACGUCGUUGUGGACGAUCGUAGUGAUAUCACCACAUUUCCAGUCCUGGACACGAUCGAACCGCUUACCGAACUGGAGCCCGAACGUCCAAAAACGGCGCCGAGCCACCCUCGUCGCAAGAGUCUGUCGUUCCUACGCCGAAAAUCAUCAGUCAGCAAGCAUGAAAUGGAGAAAGAGGCCGAGAACGAUGCUCGUCAUGUGAUCGACUUCGGUACCAGUGCAAUGUCACUUGGUACUUCUCCGUACGAUGCAGCAAUGUCCCAAUCGUCGAAGCCGAGUGUUUCUUCUCCUACUCAUCCUCAUCAAAUGGGGUCUAUGCCCCGAGCCAAGUCGAUGGUGAAUAUGGAUAGUAAGGCUGCUACGGAGUAUGCACGCUUGCACAGCAAAGAUCUGGCCUUUGCCGAUCAACAAGUAUCCCGGCAACGCCGUAAAAGCUGUCACAAUAUCAAGAUCGAAGCUGGUGAGGCCAAGGCUGUGAGACGGCGCCCCCAAGGCUCCGAUAUUCCACCUGUCCCGUCCAUCGACACAUCAAGGUUUUCAGUCUCACCCGUUGCCAAACCUAGGUUACAGCCAUCCAGGUCAGAGCAGAGAGCCUCUCAAAUUGCGAGCAAUUACGAGUCACGUCCCCAAACUUUGGCUGUACGCCCUCAGGGUGGGCACCAGCGUCGCAAGUCGACGGGAGAAGUACUGCGUUCGAAGAAAGCAAUCGUCAAUGUCUCGGCAUCACCAAAUCCCCAGGCUAUGGGGGAUAUCGCCAGCUGGGGCCGCUUCAGCGGUGGUUUGCAGUACAACUACGAGGGCCGCGGGGCCGGCGUAGGAGGCAGCGCAGGUACGCGACAGCUCCACAGCUACGCAUCUGUGAAGUCGCUCCACUAUAAGCAUCAGUACGGUGUAGACCUGUCUGAUGUGCCCAUCAUGCUACAGCGCGUAUAG